UGAGUACAAAUAAGACAAAGGAAACCUGUAAUUUCCUCCGCCGCUAUGUUCCUGCACUUGCUCUAUGACAGCUUUGAUUUUAAAAGCUGGAUCAUUUUAUUUUUUCUAUUUCUGCUCCUUGCUGAUAUUAUCAAAAAUAGAAGUCCUUCCAAUUACCCUCCAGGACCAUGGCCCCUGCCAUUCCUGGGAACUGUGUUCACUAAGAUGGAUUUUAGGAGCAUGAAUAAGUUGGCUAAGAUCUACGGCAACAUAUUCAGCUUAAGAGUGGGCAGUGAGAAAAUGAUUAUCGUGUCGGGAUAUAAAAUGGUAAAGGAGGCCCUCGUUACUCAGUUCGACAUUUUUGUUGAGCGUCCACACGUCCCUCUGUUUCACAAAAUUUUUAAGGGACUUGGUUUAAAAAUGAGUAAUGGAUACUGGUGGCGGACACAUAGGAAGUUUGGUGGCCUCCAUUUACGGCUGUUUGGAGAGGAGAAGAAAAUCCUUGAGAACAACAUCCAGCAAGAGUCUGUCUAUCUUUGUGAUGCUUUUAAGGCAGAAAAGGGACCUUUCAACCCUAUGACCAUCUUAAACAGUGCUGUCUCAAAUACUAUUGCCUGUUUGACAUUUGGACAACGCUUUGACUACCAUGAUGAAUAUUACCAAAGAAUUCUGCGUCUUGACAAUGAAUGUUUUCAAAUAGCAGGCACUUGUAAAGCACAGUUGUAUAACUUCUGUCCGUGGCUCUUGGAUUACUUCCCUGGCCCCCAUCAGAAGUUGUUUUCAAACUACUUUCAAAUAACAGACUUCUUAAGAGGAGAGAUCAUUAAACACAAAGAGGACUGGGACCCUUUAAACCCACGUGACUUAAUAGACAGCUACCUGACUGAGAUGGAAAAGAAAAAGAGUGACCCCAAAGCCGGUUUUAACGUAGAAAGCUUAGUGGUAUCUUGCUUAGACUUGAUUGAGGCUGGGACAGAGACCUCUGCUACUACAUUACGCUGGGGUCUGCUUUUUAUGAUGAAAUAUCCAGAAAUACAAAAAAAGGUCCAGGCAGAGAUAGAUAAGGUGAUUGGACAGUCACGUCAACCCUGUGUGGAAGACAGAGCUGAUAUGCCCUACACUGACGCUGUUAUCCAUGAGGUUCAAAGACUUUCUGAUGUUCUUCCAAUGGGAUUCCCUAAAAAAUCUGUUAAAGACACAAAGCUAGGGGAAUACUUCAUUCCUAAGGGCACCUCAAUUUCAGCAAACCUGUCUUCAGUCCUUCAUGAUCCAGACGAAUGGGAGACACCAGACACCUUUAACCCCGGACACUUCCUGACUGAAAAUGGCCAGUUUCGGAAGAGAGAUGCAUAUCUGCCUUUUUCAGCAGGUAAGCGAGCGUGUUUGGGAGAACAGCUGGCUCGUCAGGUAGUUUUCCUGUUCUUCGCUUCUCUGCUUCAGCGAUUCACCUUCUCCAAAGGUCCAGGAGAGGAACUCAGUCUGGAGGGAGAGAUAUGGUUCACAUAUGUUCCUUGUCCAUAUCGUAUGUGUGUGACCUCACGUUAGAAAUAUAGAAAGUCAGUAAGAUUAGAUAUAAAGUAUGCUUUUCGACAUGUUUCUAUAUGACUGUCAUUUCCACAUUUUUCAAAAUGCAAUAUUGUUGCAAUGUAAACAUGUUAACACUAUAAUGUUAAUGUAUUCUUAUAUGUAUGAAUGAUUUUGAUGGGUGUAAAUGAUUUGCAGAUGUGUCAAAAGAUAAUUACAUCAUUAGGCUUGCCAAUUAACUUCAAAAAUGGAAAAUAAGGGACUAUUGUCAAUUGUGAUUUAUUUAUUGAUCUUUUAUUCUUUAAAGUGUUUGUUCUUUAAGAAAGUAAGGGACAGAAUACAGGAUGCUCCAAAUAUUUGUACUAUACCAUAAUGUAUUGUGAAUUGUGAGUUUAGUAGGCUAAUUUAGUCAGUGAAAAAUGGCAGGAAAUUUGAAAACUUAACAACUGAAGCUCUAUGAAAUGUCAGUCAAUAAAGCAUUUUUAAAACAA